AUGAUCAGUGCUGCUGCCAAAGAAGCAUUCCCGAACCGAACCCAGGCCUUCACAGAAUUCGGCUGCGAUCCAUAUGAUCUAUAUGGUAUGCUCAUUGGAGUAAAUAUGACCAGUUCACACUCGAAUCCGACCAUGAGUGAGUACUCAGCAUCUGGUACGGCCUUUGCUUGUGAUAUAAUCUAUCACAGAGCGGAGGGUCGCGUGGCUAUGCACUCCAACAGCUCAAUCAUAUCUAUUGAUGUUGAUCAAGGCACCAAACGUAAAUUCACAAAAGCGGAGUUCAACAUUGAACAUUUCCAAGCUCUACUGUCUCAACGCGCUCCGUUUACCAGCGACAUGCUCUUCAUCCAGGAAAAUGCCACUUCUGGGGCUCGCAGCGUGAUUGAAUUACCAAUAAUCAGCCAGGAGCUAGGAGAUAUCCAGCCUGUGCUGGUACUCGACACAUCGACUGUGAUGACAGAGACUGAAUUUGAAAACAAGAUUGAGCGGGACGUCAAGCAGACUUUUGUGCUCACGCUCGGUCGCCUGUUUGAUCCCGAUGGCGCACCCAGCAUCCUUGACGCUUCGCGCAUGUCAAACCAGGUUGCUAUCGCCGUCGUUAAUUUUGCGGCCCUGUGGUCUGAGCUCAUUCUUACCUUGGCCACUUUGACUGCGGUGUACCUCCUUUACAUGUAUAGUUCCCGUGAAUUGUUUCUCCAAAGUGACCCAGGGUCCAUUAGUGCCAUGUGCAGUAUUGCCGCUGAUAUUUUUCACCCAUCCAACAUCCUUGCGGAGCCGGUGGCGGAGUUUCAUCAAUUCUCUACCCGGCAACUUCGUCGUAUCUUCAGAAAUGCUCGAUGUUACUGGCGACCAGGCCCUUCUGGCAACCGGCUGGAGAUUCUAGGUGAAGAUGGCUCACCUGUCCAGCUUGGAGAGAAUCUUCGAACCCGUGUUGAUCCGAUGCCUCACUUUCUCGUAAUUCCCUUCUUUCUUAUUGAAUUCUUGGCUCUAGCCGGAGUCAUCAUCCUCAUUGGAUUAGUGGUCUCAUCUUUACUUCGAAACGGCCGCUUCCGCCACAUGACCCAAUCCGACUCGAGCGCGUUCCAAGUCAUCCUUUCCUUCCUACCCUCCAUCGUUGCCUCUUCUGUGGGGGCUUUAUGUACCUCCAUUCACCGGAACCUCAGUGUUUUGGAGCCUUGGGUCCACCUGCAACGCGGUCAUGCCUCAGCAAAGACGUCGUUGUCACUGAACUAUUCAUCCCAAAGUCCCUUCGCCAUUUUCUUCAAGGCAGUUCGCGACCGGCAUCUCUUGUUGUGUCUCGUAUCAAUUGCGUGCGUCGUUAACAUGGCGCUGACUGUCGUCGCGGGUGGGCUUUUCACGCAACAAUUGACAACUUCAACGUUGGGAACCAGCGAUUUGACGAUGAACUACAGCCAGUCUGUAUUCUGGCAGACCGACUUCGCCGCAGAAUUCACAGAGUAUGACUUAAUUCAAACUAGCAUCAGCAGCGGAGUCCCUAUGCUGUCUUGGACUAGCCCCAAUCAGUCUUUCGUCCCAAUACAUGUGGCCAAUCGCAACCCGGAUGUGACUUAUGGUGCCUCAACGCUUGGUAUUGGGACUGAGCUGAAGUGUCAGCCCCUUUCGUCCGACGCUCUUGUCCAUGGAACAGCCAAUGGUCACCAGCAUUGGCGAUAUAAACUAUUUGAAAAUUCGUCUAUGGAAUGCAUGGCACGCAUGCCGCCGCUGAAGAUCAAAGAAGAAGGAAUCUCGCUAUCUAUUCACUUUUUGUCCCCAGAUGAUGUCGACGGAUCGGACAUCUGCCAGACGUCCACCGUUGUAGUUGUCGGUCGCUGGGAUUAUUUGGCGGACACACCAAUAACGGAUGACAACACCAUUGCAUUGCACUGUGAACCCCAGCCAAGGUUGCAAAACUAUUCAAUCUCUUUCGACCAGAAGGGACAGAUCUGCUGGCAUGAACCUAUUCCCAAAACAUCUAUCACCCAUGGAACCAUGUACGACAAUGCAACCGUGAGUCUCGGGCAGUUCAACAAAGUCUUUGCUGCUAUUCCUAGCAGCUUUGUAGGCAAUACUACCAUGCAGAAUGGAACAUACAACAUUUCUUCCUACGAUUGGGCAGGUUUCCUUGUUGCCCGUCUCUACGAACGCGAAGACCCCAACUUUGACGCCCUGAACCCCGAUAUUCUGACCAACAUGACUCAAACUGUAUAUCAAUGGGUCUAUAGCACUUAUUUCUCAAUUUGGCGCGACAUUUACCUUGAACCUCUUACUCACCCGAUCCUGGCCACAAAUGCAACUAUCACCCGCAGUACUUGGCGCAUGGUUCCGUCGGGGCCAUCACUUUCCAUCGCUCUAGCCAUCAUCAUAUUUGACACGCUGGUCGUGCUUGUGGUGUUCGGCACACGACGCGGCCGGUUUCGAGGACCCCGGAUGCCACGCUCCAUUGGAGCCAUUAUUCCCUGGAUUUCACACAGCCAAAUGCUCCCGGAUUUUGCCGAUACGCACAAUUGGAGCAGUGCCGAAAGACAUGCUCAUCUCACAUCGCUAAACAAACGCUAUGGUUUCCGCAUGUUCAUGGGCGCUGAUAACCGCUGGAGGUUCGCUGUCGACCAGGAAUCGGAGAAUAACAACCCUCACCAUUCCCCAGACGGCGCUACAGAAGUAGAAGUCGACAAAACUACCUCGAUUCAGCUACAGGAGAUCCGACGUCCGCCCUCCCCUCUUCUUCCUCCUCCUCCUCCUCCUCCUCCUCCUCCUCCUCCUCCUUCUCUUCAGACUUGA